AUGUUACUGCACAUGCAUCGUACUUCGGAUGAGAAACACGAACGUUUGACUUCGUUUCUCGCUAAACUCUGCUGGCAUUUAAAUAGUCCGCCACCAACCUAUUGUGCAACACGUAAACAAUCCAUGACACCAUAUUCUAGCAGUCAUCAGGGUCAAGCAGGGGAAAAUAAGAAAAAAGCAACAACAAAAGAUUUAGUUGAUAAAGCUAAAUAUGAUGUUCCAUAUACUACUAUUCGAACAAGUUGUGUAUCACAGUUACAGUCUAUUAGCAUUAAACCAUAUCAUGCAAUCCCCUAUAUCCGCCUCGAUACGCUCACAUCAAUUCCCGAAGAUAUUGCUGUAUAA